UAAGAUAACUAAAAAUAAACAUAUUUGAUCACAUAAAGAGUCAAAUCACCACACAAACCAUCAAAUACUAGAAGCUGAGAUAUUAUCGAUUUUUUAUGGAUACCAAAAAAAUUCUGAAAAACAAUUUAAAAACAAUAUUCAAUACCAUAUAUUUUGUCAAGGUAAGUUUAGUUGUGAAUCGGUCGAGCCCGUGGUUUUGAAGCACUUCAACUUUUCUAUGUGGUGCUGCUGCCACCGGUUCCCACACUCUAUGUCAAAAAGCAAGCCGGCCUCGUCCAGAAAGCCAUCGGAAAGGAACCCAUCAAUUCAAAGAAACCUUCCUUUUGAAUGAAUUCUCAGACUGAAACAGAAUAAAAACAUUGGGUGAUACAAAGUGAUAAAUUACAUUGACAAAAUCCUCUGUUUUUUUUGUUUUUGUAUUGGUCCCAUUGAUAUUUGAGCAUGUUUUGUGUUGCAGAUUAACAUACAUCUUUUUCUUUUAUCAUAGAAAAGAACUUCACGAGCCUUUUAAUGUUCAACUGUAAGUUUGUAACCACAUACCAUUUUGAAACCGAAAUUGGUAUACAUCUGUUUGUGUUGCACCACAGAUUUACAACAUUUACAACAUAUACAUACACUCAAAUAUUAUACGAUGAUACAUGUGACAUGAAGUAUACUAAUGUCAUAUACUUUAUAUUAUCCAAAAUACAGAAUAAGAAAUUGAGGGCACUUUUUGAUAAUGCAUCACUUUAGAGAAAAGCAAAGUUGUGGAGCCACUCUAAUUGCUGCUGCGGAAAUAUGCUUUUAAUGGAUGCACUCAUAUACCUGUCAUGUGUGAGACAUUUGGUACCAUCAUUACCAGCUUCACCAUCAAAUCUUUAUUCCUUUUUUUUUUCUCUUUUUCAUUCCUGAAUACUGAAAGAAAUGUUAAUGUCACAAAAAUAUAUACAUCACGCUUUUAUCUUUCUUUCUCCAUACAUACUUACGAAAGAAGCUCCAAACACAUCUACGGCAAAUACGUAGUUAGAAUAUUGUACUAUCAUAAUUCAUAAAUCACUCUUCAUACUGGUGAUGCAAAUGCAGUGCUGUAAUUUAUUUUAUUAUGAAAAUAAAGAUGGUGCAGACUUUUCACUAUGCUGUUCCAGACUAGUUACUUUGAUUACCGAUUGAAACAUGCUUUUAAGUAACGUCAAAGAUAAUUUUUCCGAGACGGUGCAAGCCAAUAAUUUGAUGAAACAUCAAACAUAAGAGGGGGGCUUCGCUAGUCUUGGGCAUGUAAUUAAUGCUUUUUCAUAUCAUACUAGGAUGGGAUCGGGACUUCACCUAUAUUCAUUCAAGUACUUAAGCAAUGUACAAACACAACUUUCUUCGAAAAGAAAUAUAUACAUGUCACGUUCAUAUCAUAUGGCAACAUUAAUAGGCCAAUUUAAAAUUCAACUAUAUUACUUCGCUGUUUUGUAUUUACUAGGUUUGUAUUUAGACACUCAUUAUGCUACUUGUGAGAUUUGAUUUUAAGACUUUCAUUAUGACAUAGUUAAGAAAAUAAACACGUUAAUUUAAUUUAAUUAAACAUGUUACCAAGUAUUCUUAGCUCAACAGGAAAAUCACCAUUAGCAACGUUUUGAGGUCACAUAAUGGAAUGACGCUUGAUAUGAAACUAAUAUUACAUAAUACUUACCAUUUUUAGUAUGUAAAGAUUACGGUUUUUGGUACAAAACCUCUUAUAUUCAGAAAAAAGAAAAAGAAAAAUAAACAUGUUUUAGUAUUCUAUAUAUACUAAGUUGUAAUAAUGUUAAUUAUGUAAUAAUUAUAUAGUUUUAGUUAGCAAAUUACAUUGAAAUUCGAGAACUUUUUAACUUUGGUUACAUAUAAGGAACGUAUGGUAUUUACAUUGGGGAUGCCAGUUGAAAUUGUGAUAAUACUGUUAACUGAUACUGAUAUGAAAAUAUUGGGAUGCGCUAUAAAUUCAGCAAGACAGAUACUCCUAUUAAACAGUGUCGGCGACGGUAGGAUGGAAAGCUUUAAUAUUUAUUUGAUGCUACUAUAGUGAAUAUUGUCAAGAUGUUUAUAAUUUUUUUUUCUUCAAAACGGUUAAUGUAUAUAGUAUUAUUACUUCAGUUGGAAAUACGUUGGUAACCUUAUUCUCAUUGAACUAAAUUAGUUUUCUUGUUGCAUACGAAACUCAGCUAGUUACUUAUUUUACAGGUUUCUGACCUAGUUGUCUAGUGAUAGCAUUUGCAUGCACGAGCUACUUCAACUCAUUUACUAUAUCAACAUGAACCCAUAUUAUUUACAUUGUAAAGUUACCUGAAUCCAUGAAUAAUUAACUGAAAACCUCCAUAAAAUGUGGAGACAACAAAAAAAAAGCAAACAAAUCGCAUUUACUGCAUUUGAUGCCUAAUAAACAAACUUUGCAAUCUUUUGUAGCAGCUGUAUGACCGGUCAUAGCAAAGACUUAAAAAAAAACAUUUGCAAUAAAACAGCUCGGAACCUGUCUCAUGAUGUUGAAAUAAAAAAGUUAUACAAAUCAAGAAACAAUAUAAUUCAGAAAAUUAUAAUAAUAAAAAAGAGAGAGAGGCUCAAUCAAACGCACCAACCAAAGUUACGCCAACUUCUUCUUCUAAUCACAAACAAAAACCAGAGAGAGAAACAACAAGACAGCAAGAGAGAAAUAGAGCAUCAACAGCCAUGGGAGAAAAAGAGAAGAAAAGCAAGAAGAAGAAGAACAAAGAUAGCAAAUCCUCGCCGGACAUCUCCUUCAAACCUUCUUCCGACGUCAAAGGCCUCAAGUUCGGCGGCCAGAUAAUCGUCAAAUCAUUCACAAUCCGGCGAGCAAAAACACUCGAGCUCCUAAAACUCCUCUCCCUCCCUUCUCCCUCAUCACCUCCGCUUCUUUCCACGGCGGCGUAUAUUCCGACAAACUUCACGAUCUUAGCUCACCAAGCGUGGCACACACUAACCCUCGGACUAGGAACAAGAAAGUCCAAAGUAGUGGUCUUCGUGUUCGAAUCCGAGGAGAUGAAGACGGCGGUCGCGGCGGCGGUGGGAGGACUAUGGCCGUCGGAGAUUCCGCUCGGUGAAGUGAACAAGAAGAUGAUCAGAAAGUUAAAGAACUGGGAGAUGGCGAGGUUCAAGUUCAGGAAAGGAUGCUUAACGUUUUACGUAUACGCCGUGAGAAACGCCGGAAACGAAGGUUUUGCGGCGGCGGAGGACUUGAAGGAGAUCGGGGAAGAAGCAACAUUGAAAGUUUCUGUGGAACACUGGUUUAGUCAACAAUGUGGACAAACCAACCGUUACUUUACUAAUUAGAGCCAUGCUUUAAAGUGUUAUGCAACUUUGUCUUUGUUUAACCAACCGGUCAAGAGUUUUUUAUUGAUGAUUGUUUAAAGAGUUUGAAGGUUUAGCAUGUACUAACAAAAUAAUGAAAAAGAAAGAGCGCAAGAGAUAUUUCGAACCACACAUGAAACAAUACGUCGAUCGAAGAUUGUGAACUGAGAGACGAUUUUAGCUGAACGUGUCACUAUGUAGUAGUAACUGAUCAAUAACCGUAGCUAACAAAACAUCAUUUUUGUAAUCAUACCUUAGGAGAGUGAUGCCUUAAGGUUUAUUAGCCUCGUUUACAACCAACUACUAGUGAUCCUCGAUGACAUUCGAUUGCCAUUGGCGAGGAAAUACUAAUCAAGUUGAUCAAUAAGAAUAUUUACGAAUCCAUACUCUAGAAAACUAGAUAUGUAAUUUUGAAUAUAAAAUUCUAUUAUGGCGAAUGCGUGAUUUCAUUACACGGAUUUGAAAACAUAAAUCUCAAUUUUUGGAGUGGUCUCUCAGUUAUUGGUGUCAUCCCUACCUACCAGUGUAUGACUGGUCGAGGAACCGGCCUGGAAAACAUAAUGAUCUUGUUGAUAAGAUUGUGUUCUAACGUUCAUAUUGCUUUAUAGGUUGAUGGACCAUCUAUUUCAAACAUAAAGAUCAUAAGACAGCGUGAUCACCGCGUUUAAGCGUAUGUCGUAAGCAUAUAUUACAAGAAGUUCCUCUUCAUUUUAUUCAAAUAAAAGGAUUUGAAAAAGGGAAUGAAUAAAGAAACCUUAAAAUUAGAAGAACAUCCAAAAUUAAACAUAAAGUACCUCA